AUGGCUUACCGACAACAACAUGAGAGCGUCCUCUCGACGUCGUCUUACUCUUCGACGGCGUACGAUCCGGCCGCCGCUUCGUAUACCGCCCUCAAGGAGCCGAAGGAACAUGACCAGCGAGGAAUCUCCGAUCCCAUGCUCGUCGACGAGUCGGACAGUAUACCAGAAUGGAAACCUUCCAAGCACCAGAUGGUCAUCAUCACGACGUUAUCCAUCAUGUCGUUCGUGAUUGCCUUGGACGCGAACGUGAUUGUCACGUCUUUGAGUUCAAUCAUCCAAGAUAUUGGGGGAACAUCCACGCAGGCUUUCUGGGUUGGCACAUCCUACCUGAUAUCUUGCGCAGUCGCAAUGCCUUUCUUGGCCUCCCUGAGUGACAUCUUUGGCCGUCCCAUCAUUCUGAUUGGCAGCUUGGUUUUCUUCACUGUUGGAACUAUCCUUUGCUGCGUGUCGAACGGUAUCGGGCUGCUUCUCGGAGGUCGUGUUAUUCAGGGUAUUGGUGCCGGCGGCAUGUAUGUGCUCAGCUUGGUUGUCUUUACCGACAUUGUGCCACUCCGCCAUCGCCCCAAGUACUACGGAAUCAUUCAGAUGGCGUGGGCUAUCGGCUCCCUUACCGGCCCCAUCAUCGGCGGUGCUGUUGCCGAGCACACUACCUGGAGAUGGAUCUUCUACCUGAACUUCCCCAUCUGUGGCUACUCCCUGCUCGCCAUCCCUAUCCUCUUGACCUUGAAGCCUCCCACGGCAACUUUCAGCGAGAAGCUCAAGCGUGUCGACUGGCUUGGAGGUUUCUUGUUCAUCGGCUCCAUGGUGACAUUCCUCGUUGGUAUUUCCUGGGGCGGCAACGACUUCCCCUGGCGCAGCGCGCAGACCUUGGUGCCUGUCUUCAUCGGCGCUGCCGGUUUGACAGUGACUCUGUUCUACGAGCACAGCUACGCGAGAUACCCGUUCUUGAAGAAGAUUCUCUUCACCGACCGCAGCGCCAUCACGGUUUACGUCCUCGGCCUUCUUCAGGGUUUCAUUCUUUAUGGCCAGCUGUACUACAUCCCCUUUUACUUCCUCUCCGUCUCGCAGUACAGCCCUACCAUGGCUGGCGUAGCCAUGCUUCCCGUCACCCUUCUCCUCCUCCCGGGCUCCAUCAUCUCCGGCAUCCUCGUCUCCCGUUUCAACGCGUACCGCUGGUCCAUCUGGAUCGGCUGGGCCCUGAUGUCGAUCGCCUCCGGUCUCCUCAUCUACUGGGACGUGGACACCUCCUUGCCCGUUCACAUCGUCACCCUCGCCAUUGGCGGUAUCGGCCACGGCUUCGUCCUCAACGCCCAGACUUUCGUCACGGGUGCCAUCGUCGAGCCCGAGAACUCGGGUCACGCCGCGGCCAUGUACCUCUUCCUGCGCAUGUUGGGCUGCGCCAUCGGCGUCAACGUUGGUUCCACCACGUUCCAGAACGUCAUGGCUAUGAAGCUUGAGCGCAAGGGUAUCGCGCAGGAUAUCGCUCAGCGCGCCGAGGAGUAUCUUCUCGUCAUCAAGGGCCUAGCAGACGGCACGUUCAAGGAUGCUGUCUUGGAGUCGUAUGCGUUCGGCUUCAAGGGCGUGCACGGCGUGUACGUCUCGUUGGCGGUGAUUGCCUUCUUCGCGAGCUUCAUGAUCCGUCACUACGAUUUGAACAAGAUCCACGAGACGGCGCAUACGUUGCACCAGAACCGGGUGUCGAGGAUGUUUGAUACCCGCAAGAGCGCGAGCCAGGGACGACCUCAGCCUAUUCCCUCUUCGCCCGGUGACAGUUCGUAG